AUGAGCCUACCUCCAUCAAGCCCAACAUCUCCACCUCCACCAAGCCCACCUCCACCAAGCCCACCUCCUCCACCUUCAAGCCCAGAAAGACCAGAUCACAAAUGUGGGCCAAAUUAUGGUUACAGUCCAUGUAAUCCAGGAAGGUGUUGCAGCAUAUAUGAAUAUUGUGGCAGCGGCCCUGCUUAUUGCCAAGGAGGACAGUGCAAAUAUCAAUGUUGGACAAGUCCUCCACCCAUGAGCCUACCUCCAUCAAGCCCAACACCUCCACCCCCACCAAGCCCACCUCCACCAAGCCCACCACCUCCACCUCCAGGCCCAGAAAGACCAGAUCACAAAUGUGGGCCACAUUAUGGUGACAGCCCAUGUAAUCCAGGAAGGUGUUGCAGCAUAUUUGAAUAUUGUGGCAGCGGCCCUGCUUAUUGCGAAGAUGGACAGUGCAUAUAUCAAUGUUGGACUAGCCCACCUCCAUCAAGCCCAAUAGCUCCACCCCCACCUCCAGGCCCAGAAAGACCAGACCAUAGAUGUGGGCCAGCUUUUGGCAACAUUCCAUGUGAUACAGGAAGGUGUUGCAGCAUAAAUGGAUAUUGUGGCAGCACAUCUGAUUUUUGCGAACCAGGAAGUUGCAGGUCUCAAUGUUGGACCGGUCCUCCACCUAGCUAG